AUGAAUGGAGAAUUUGGCGUUCAUUUAGCAGAACUGACUGUAGAUCCCCAGGGAGUACUGGCCAUUCGUCAGUUAGCAUCUGUCAUUUUGAAACAAUAUGUGGAAACUCACUGGUGUUCGCAGUCAGACAAGUUUAGGCCGCCAGAGACCACAGAAAGGGCAAAAAGUGCCAUAAGGGAGCUGUUACCUAAUGGACUAAGAGAAUCUAUUAGUAAAGUGCGCUCAAGUGUUGCCUAUGCAGUUUCAGCCAUAGCACACUGGGAUUGGCCUGAGGCUUGGCCCCAGCUUUUCAACUUGUUGAUGGAAAUGCUGGUUAGUGGUGAUCUGAAUGCUGUGCAUGGAGCCAUGAGAGUACUUACAGAAUUUACCCGGGAAGUGACAGACACACAGAUGCCACUAGUCGCUCCUGUUAUUCUUCCAGAGAUGUACAAAAUUUUCACACUGGCAGAGGUAUAUGGUAUUCGUACCAGGUCACGUGCAGUGGAGAUCUUUACCACAUGUGCCCAUAUGAUUUGUAACAUGGAGGAGCUAGAGAAGGGUGCAGCCAAGGUCCUGAUAUUUCCUGUAGUGCAGCAGUUCACAGAGGCCUUUGUUCAAGCUCUACAGAUGCCUGAUGGCCCUACAUCUGACAGUGGAUUUAAGAUGGAGGUCUUAAAGGCUGUGACUGCCCUAGUGAAGAACUUUCCUAAACACAUGGUUUCCUCCAUGCAGCAGAUCCUACCAAUUGUUUGGACUACACUGACAGAAAGUGCAGCCUUCUAUGUGAGAACAGAAGUGAAUUAUACAGAAGAGGUAGAUGACCCUGUGGAUUCUGAUGGUGAAGUAUUGGGUUUUGAAAACCUUGUGUUCAGCAUAUUUGAGUUUGUACAUGCCUUGCUGGAAAAUCACAAGUUUAAAAGUACAGUGAAGAAAGCUUUGCCAGAGCUGAUAUACUACAUCAUCCUUUACAUGCAGAUCACAGAGGAACAGAUAAAAGUCUGGACAGCAAAUCCACAGCAGUUUGUGGAGGAUGAAGAUGACGAUACUUUUUCCUAUACAGUGAGGAUUGCUGCACAGGACUUGUUGCUGGCUGUAGCUGCUGAUUUCCAGAAUGAGAGUGCAACUGCUUUGGCUGCGGCGGCUACGAGACACUUGCAAGAAGCUGAGCAGACUAAAAACAGUGGUGCUGAGCACUGGUGGAAGAUACAUGAAGCCUGUAUGCUGGCACUUGGCUCUGUGAAAUCUAUUAUUACGGACAGUGUGAAGAAUGGUAGAAUUCAUUUUGAUAUGCAUGGAUUCCUGACAAAUGUUGUUCUUGCAGACCUCAACCUGUCGGUGUCUCCUUUCCUGCUUGGUCGUGCUCUUUGGGCUGCCAGUCGCUUUACAGUUGCUAUGUCUCCAGAAUUAAUCCAGCAGUUUCUGCAGGCCACAGUCAGUGGUCUGCAUGAGACCCAGCCUCCUUCAGUCCGAAUCUCCGCAGUAAGAGCCAUCUGGGGUUACUGUGACCAGCUGAAGAUCUCCGAAAGCACCCAUGUAUUGCAGCCUUUCCUUCCCAGUAUCUUGGAUGGACUGAUCCACUUGGCAGCUCAGUUCAGUUCAGAGGUCCUCAAUCUUGUGAUGGAAACACUCUGUAUUGUCUGCACAGUAGAUCCAGCAUUUACAGCAAAUGUGGAGAACAAAAUCUGUCCCUUCACCAUAGCAAUCUUCCUCAAGUACAGUAAUGAUCCUGUUGUUGCCUCUCUCGCCCAAGAUAUCUUUAAGGAGCUAGCACAGAUAGAAGCCUGCCAGGGUCCAAUGCAGAUGAGACUAAUCCCAACUCUCGUCAGCAUCAUGCAGGCUCCUGCUGAUAAGAUUCCAGCAGGGCUUUGUGCAACUUCUAUUGAUAUAUUAACCACUGUUGUGAGGAAUACAAAACCUCCUCUUUCCCAGCUCUUGAUCUGCCAGGCAUUCCCUGCGGUGGCUCAGUGCAGCCUGCACACAGAUGACAAUGCUACCAUGCAGAAUGGUGGUGAGUGUCUGCGUGCAUACGUCUCAGUAGCACUAGAACAGAUUGCACAGUGGCAUGAUGAGCAAGGCCACAAUGGGCUGUGGUAUGUCAUGCAGGUGGUGAGCCAGCUCCUGGAUCCGCGAACCUCAGAGUUCACAGCUGCCUUUGUGGGCAGAUUAGUCUCCACACUGAUUUCCAAAGCAGGAAGUGAGCUGGGAGAGAACCUGGACCAGAUUCUGAGAGCAAUCUUGAGCAAAAUGCAACAAGCUGAGACACUCAGUGUAAUGCAGUCCUUGAUCAUGGUAUUUGCUCACCUGGUUCACUCUCAGCUGGAUCCAUUGUUAGAGUUCCUGAGUAGUCUCCCUGGGCCAACUGGCAAGCCUGCUUUGGAAUUUGUAAUGGCUGAAUGGAUGAGUCGACAGCAUUUGUUCUAUGGACAAUAUGAAGGCAAAGUCAGCUCUGUAGCAUUGUGUAAACUGCUCCAGUAUGGCAUCAACAGUGAUGACAAGCGCCUGCAGGACAUUAGGGUGAAAGGUGAAGAAAUAUUCAAUAUGGAUGAGGGAAUACGCACACGAUCCAAAUCAGCCAAAAAUCCUGAACGCUGGACAAACAUUCCGUUGUUAGUAAAAAUCUUAAAAUUAAUAAUAAAUGAACUUUCUAACGCAAUGGAAGCGAAUGCAUCUCGCCAGUCAGCUGCAGACUGGAGUCAAGAUGACUCCAAUGAUAUGUGGGAAGAUCGAGAAGAUGAAGAGGAUGAAGAUGACGGUUUAGCUGGACAACUUUUAUCAGAUAUUCUUUCCACAAACAAAUAUGAUGAGGAUUACUAUGAUGAUGAUGAAGAGGAUGAUCCAGAUGCAUUAAAGGACCCUCUUUAUCAAAUAGAUCUUCAGGCUUAUCUCACUGAUUUCCUCUGUCAGUUUGCACAGCAGCCUUGCUAUGCAAUGUUCUCAGACCAUCUCAAUGAGAAUGAGAGAAGAGUGCUUCAGGCCAUUGGCAUAUGAACUGUAUUGACAUAGCUGGACAAUAUUUUUCUAGCUUAUUCCAUGUUUUGUGAUUAAACAUGAAACUUUUUCCAGUGUUCACCUGUUACAGAUGUGAUCUUCCUCAUCCCGAAGUAUUGAGCUUUGUCUUACCAUGACUCUGUAAAGGGAAGGAUUAUUGAGAACACCGAAGACAAGACUGAGCUUUGCACUCUAUCACCAGGGGAACACUUUUGUUUUCCACCAAAACAACAAAAAACAAAAAAACACCUUUCCAGGAGGUCCUUAAAAUAAUGUGUCCUUAAAUAUUUUUUAAAAACUUUAUAUUUGCCUCUGAAGAGGCAUAUAACUGAGUUUCACACAACACAGUUGGACAAAAUGAGAGCGGAAUCAGGUCUUUUGUAGGUUGCUUGGAUGUAUUUUGAGACUUUGAAAGUUUUGUUUUUCUUCGCACUUGCAUAACACUUAACAGGGUAAAAUGUUGAUCUUACCAUGUGACUUUUCUAUAAAACUACAGACACUUUUAUCAAAGAGAUGCCUAAACAAUAUGGACUCUGUUUACAAGAAUUUGGAUUGGAAGCUGUAAUAAAACUAAAUGAACAUCUUG